CCACACAGUGUACGCGCCUUGUAAAAAAUUCCGUACCUUUGCAAUGUACUGUCGCUGAAAAAUCAAUGAGUCAAACCUCCGUGUCGAAGGUCACGCAGAACAAACACGGACGGUGCUGUACAAAAAGGGGCUGACACCGGGAGAUCCGAAAGCAUUCAAACGGACGCCGUUCAACCCUUCUCUUUGGCAGAGCCCUGAACAUAAUGGCCGCGGACAUUAAAAUGCUUUUCUGUGUCGGACUUGCUGUCGUACUAACAGGUGUGGGACAGUCGGCCUUGAUCGGGAAGAGCCACGCAAGGGGGAAGGCCAAUCCUGUGCUACAGUAUGUGGUGAACAACUCACUGAGGGAGCACCCAGUCCUCACCAAACUCAGACUGAGAACCCUAGAAGACAUAUGGAAUAUAAUGAUGGUUGCCAGUGAACAAGCCCAGUUUAUGGCAAAUCUCAUCAGGAUGAUCAAUGCGACUAAAGCCAUCGAGAUCGGGAUGUACACGGGUUACAAUACACUGAGCAUGGCUUUGGCCAUGCCGCACAACGGACGCGUGGUGGCCUGUGAAAUAGAAGACACCUAUGUGAACAUUGCCAAGCCAUUUUUUGAAGAGGCCGGAGUUGAAAAUAAGAUUGAUGUCCGACACGAAAUAGCCAUGAAGACACUGGAUGAACUGAUAGCAGCCGGCGAAGCUGGAACGUACGACUUUGUGUUCAUCGACGCCGACAAAUUCAACUAUGACAGAUAUUAUGAGAAAUCCCUUGAGCUCAUACGAAAUGGGGGCGUCAUCGCGAUCGACAACGUGCUGUGGAGCGGCAGAGUGGUGAACCCUGAUCCCACUGACCUCACCUCCCAGGGUCUGGACGCUCUCAAUAAGAAGCUGCACAAAGACCAGAGGGUCGACCUGAGCAUGCUCACUGUGGGCGACGGGCUGACCAUCGCCAUUAAACGCUGAGGUCACAAUUCUUCUCAGUGGUGCACAGGUUUUGAUAUUAAAUAUAAGCAUAAAAAAAGAAUAUGUUUAACUGUGUGUGUUAUUUCACAGUUAGGUGUCGGAAAUAUUUACAAAGAAUCGAUAAUUAUCGUCCACUUACCAAUACAGUAUUCUGAAAUUGACUUCUACUUGUAAUGUGUAUUUCUACACAAGUAGCCUGCAAAUGUAAAUAUACAUAUACCUCUAAGCUGUGGGACUGUCUAUAAGUGCUGUGUGUGUUUGGUUAUAUUGCACCACGUAAAACUCAACAACAACAACAACAACAACAACCUACGGACUAUACAUGUAGGCCUGUACAUACAUGAGACCUGGUAUCAAGGAGUUUAACAACAACUUAAAAUAUCUGACAAUGAUAAUAAUGAUGGUGAUAAUAAGUAACAAGGACUGUAACAGGAAAUCUUUCACCAUUAGACUGUCCUAAACUCUGGACUUUCUGUGUGACACAAAUCCCAGCACCGCUCUGCUACCAUGUUCUUAUGCAAAUUAUCAGAAACUAAUUUCAUACUUGCACUAAUAUGUACAUUUUUUAUAUUUGUAUUUGUUUGUGGUUCUUAUAAUUUAAAAAAAAAAUCUUUCUACAUAUU